UGUGUGGAGGAUGUGAGGGGGAGAGGGGUGCCUUUGCGGCGGCAGAACCAGAGGUCGCGGUGUUGGCCCUAAGCGUGAGCAACCCGGAUUGUGUUGCUGGCGAGGGGAGAGGGGAAGAAAGGCAGGCCGACCGCUCUACGGCAGAGCGGCGUGGCCCACUGGGCCCAGGAAACCGGCAGCUUCCCUGGGAACGGCGUCCCCUCUCUCCUCUUGCCCUCUCGGCAGCAGUACGAACGCGUCCCAGCAAGGUAACCAGGACCAAGCUGGCUACUGGAGCCCAUAACAUUAACUCUGAGGCGUGUUGAUGCCGUGGAUCUCGCUGCCCGAUUUGUGCGUAAUGACGGCGAAAUGUGCGGAGGUGAACAGCGAUGAAGGGCUGAGAAGAGUGUGUAAAAGAUCUGGAGAAGAGGAGAGUGCUGAAGGAGAUGGGGAGAGUGAAGAAGGAGGCUGCAGAUCUCAACACAGCACAAAGAGAGAAGAUACUUCAGCAGCUGCCACCAGCCCAGAUCAGCAUCAUUUCUUAAGAUCCAGUGUGAGGCCUCCCAACAAGAGGUUAAGGAAAGAUCCUGCUGCUUCUCAUGGAUCCAGCAGCUUCCAGAACAAUAAGGGAAAAGGUCUUGAGGGGGGUGCUGCUGCUUCUGGUUAUGCGUCUGGCAUUGCUGCGGGCAGUGCUGGUGGAAGCAGCAAAACCACAGCAAAGAGUUUAUCUGCGAUAUCUGGAGAAAAAGAGGAAGGGAAUAAGAAGAAAGUUCGUAGACAGUGGGAGUCAUGGAGUGCAGAGGAUAAAAACUCAUUUUUCGAAGGCUUAUAUGAGCAUGGGAAAGAUUUUGAAGCAAUACAGAAUAACAUAGCUCUGAAGUACAAGAAGAAAGGGAAGCCAGCAAGUAUGGUGAAAAACAAGGAGCAGGUUCGACACUUCUACUACCGUACUUGGCACAAGAUCUCCAAAUACAUCGACUUCAAUAAUGUAUUCUCUCGAGGCCUGAAGAAAUCCUCUCAGGAGCUCUAUGGGCUAAUAUGUUAUGGAGAACUGCGCAAAAAAAUUGGUGGAUGCAUGGAUGAUAAAAAUGCAGCCAAACUCAAUGAAUUAAUUCAAGCUGGGGCUACAACUGUGCGAUACAAAGGUCGCAAUUUGCGAAUAAAAGCACCAAUGUGCCGGGCUUUGAAAAAACUCUGUGAUCCUGAAGGAAUUAGUGAUGAAGAGGAUCAAAAACCAGUUCGACUUCCUGUGAAAGUGCUCCUUGAACUACUGCCACGCAGUAACUACACCUGGGCAAGAGUUCAGAGUUUGGCACAGAAUCCUCGGCUACGGAUGAUGGUGGAACUACAUCGGAAAGUUUCCAGCCUCAUUGAUUUCCUCAAACAUAAAUGGGCGUUACAGGAAUUCAGAAUUCGUAAGUCAUUGGAAGAGCGCCAGCAGGAUUCAGGAUAUGGUGAAUCAAGGAUCAUGGGGUUUGAGGAAAAGACAGAACUCCAUCUCUACCCUGCAGAGAAUUGUACUUUAACUGUACUGCCUGGAGUGGCAAAGGUGGUUCAUUCAAAAGCCUGCUGCACCGUGCACUGGCAGGAAACAGGAAGGUGCAGACAGAAUAUAAAGGACAUUCAUUUACUCCCACCAGCACAAAUAUUAGCAAGAGCCCCUGUUACAAAGGAUAUGAAUGUUCCCCUCAGUCAAGGAACUCAGGGCACAGUGAAGGGACAAGUUAAACAAAUUCGAAGCACGACAGAUGGGCGAACUGGUUUUAAAACAACUGCAUUGAUGACUGGUGAAGGAUCACAAAGCACUGAAGAGGAAAUGCCUUCUCUGGAAAGUACCUCUGCUGGAGAGGCAAUCUCCCAACAGGAAAGUCCAAAAGCAGAGGAGGUAUUUGAUGUGGGACAGCAGGAGUUAGGAGAAAAUGGAGAAACCACAUUUAAUUCACCCAAAUCUAAUUCGGAUGCUUCCACUGAAGAAUGCAUUGGUAAUGAGGUACCUUUAAUGGAGUCCCCAGAACCAACCACCACUACUGAGCUCUGUGUCUGUGGGGGUAUGGUGAAUAUUGAUGAGACAUCUCCCUUGGACCCAGCUCCUCGCUGCAUGAAGUCUUGUCAGAAUUCUCUGUCAGUAGCUGCAGAAAGGUGUGCUUGUCAGGAUAAAUCCUCCGAAAAGGGUGUUGCUACCUUGGGCAUAAAUGGAUUUUGUGGUGAUCCCGGUGCUGUGCAUCCUGGAACGGUAGAAGUUGUGGAAUCCAACACUGAACAGUUUGCAGUUUCAGGGCCACAAUUACCAACUGAAAUCACUUCACCAUCAUCCAAUUCCAAUGCAGUAGAUGAUGGUGAUAAUAGGACCUUGCCUACUGUUUGCACUCAUGAAGAACCAGUGGUGUGCACAGAUGAGGUGUCUGAUGCUGAAUGCCAUAGGCAGACUAUGAAUACUAGUUCACCCUCUCAGGGACAACCUGGUAGUGCCAGCAUUGUUCCAAAGCCACCGAAAGAGGAUGCUACCCACUUAGCCCAACAGGUGCUGGAGGAUGGCUGGAAUCCACGUACCUCCGAAAAUUUGACAUUGGCUGAAUUGUACCUCAUGCUGGGGAAACCCAGUAAAUUGCAACUUGAAUAUGACUGGGUGCAGACCCAGCGGAACAACCCAGAGGAAACCGAGAGGACAAAGGGUACAAGUCAGGGGUUACUGAAGUGCUUGCUGCAAAUUAUCACUACUGAAGUGAAUCCUAAAUCUAGUCUAGAUUCUAGUUCUGUGGCAGCAUCUCCAAUGAAAUCAAACCAUGAAGAUCAGAUGAACUCUCCACCAGGGAAAGUGAUUACUCUUGCGCGUAGUCCUGGUUGUGUCCGAAAUGCUCCAGCAAUUCGGACUAACAAAACGGUUACUCCCACCAAUGCAUCAGGAAUGCGGAAUGUGCAGAAAACAUUGGUGGUGCCAUAUUCAUCUAGUAGCUCGGGAAAUUCAAGCAGUGAUGCAGACAGUGGGGUGUUUGCAGUUCCAACAAUUUUGCCUCCCAACAGUAGGCAUAAUAAGAUGUUUUCACCCAGCAAAGAGACUGAGCUGACGUUCAGACAACAACUGGAUACUCUCAGUAGGCAACCAGACAUCUUUUUACCCAAGCCAAGGAAAUUACGAAAUAAUCGUCCACGUAAGCCACUGGUGGUUCAGAGAACACUGUUGCCACGACCAACUGGAAAUUCCUCUCAGCAUGUUUGUUCCUUUUCCAUCUUGUCCAAUUCUGCCACAGGCACCGGUUUAUUCCGUCCUCUUUCCAAACCAACCUUAGCUCGUCCUAUUAUUCCAAAAGCCAUUCCAGCGUCCACCAGCCAGCUGUCUAGUGCAAUUGACAUGGCAGCAAAGUCGGCAGGUAUAAUUCCAGGCAGCCCAGUCCAGGCCCUUGAUGCAGAAGGAUCACAAGAUUUGACCUCUCUGUCAAAUGAAGAUGUUUCCAUGGUGACCCCGGACCAGGAUUUAUCCUCAGUCCAUCAGAAUGGAAGUACACCAGCAACCUUGGCAGGGAGGGAUCUUGAAAAACACACGCAUCAGAAUGGUCCAUCCUCUCCUUCAGGUGAAACCUCUAACUCAUUGUUCACUUCUCCACCAAAUGUCUCGGCACUCCUUGAUAUUUCAUUGCCAGGACCUCCAGAUGACACACUAUCCCAGGGUGGACCCCAUAGCCAAAUCAGUGACUCCAUUAUUGAGCUUGCUAUCAACUCUACUCAGUAUGUUGGUGGUGAUGGUUCUUCUCUAUCCAUAUCAAAGCUGAAUGGUAGUGACAACUCUAAGAAUCUCCCAUCUCCACCAGCCAGUCCUCAACGCAACUGGAUUCCCUCCCCUACCCACGAUCCACAGUGGUAUCCAACGGAUUCUGGUGACUCUUCUUUGGGUAGUCUGUUGUCAAGCCUAAUAUCUCCUGAAAAGGGGCGGAAGAUGCUAACAACUGGCAAUAGCAAUAGCAACUCUUUGCUUGGAACGAGCCUAUUGGAUGGAAACUCCAGGGAUUCUUUUGUUUCCCGCUCACUAGUGGAUGUCUCCGAGGUCGAUUCUCAGCUGGCAUGUAUGAUGAAUGAAAGCAGUGUGGAUUAUAUUGCCCGCUUUAAUGACCUUGCUCAAGAGCUCUCGGGAGCUGAGACUUCAAGGAAGGAGAUGCUUUUGGACAAUGGCCCUCCAAUUGGUGAUCUUUCACAAUAAGGUCAUAAACUGAACAAGGGGCUCACUUGGAGCGCCCCCAUUCUUCAGCACCUUGCCAAUUAAGCUGCCCAGUUAGGGCAUUGACUACUGGAGAAACCAUUUGUAAAUGACACUGAGAGGUUUGAAAAAUGUGCAAUAUGCUUGACAGUACUGCCCGUAAUUCAGUAUUAGAUUCAUGAUAAUAUUCAUUCGGCAGUCAUUGACAUAGCAUGAAGCUACAAGAAGCCAAAAGGAUCCUGCAAUGGGACUGAACACUAGGGUGAAAUUUUUUUUCCCAACGUCUGAAACUGAUAUGCAGAUCGAUCAUAUGAUUGAAUUGGGCACGGAAACAAAACUGAUUUCAAAAUCUUAGGGUUUUGAUGCAGAUCUGGUGAUGUUCUUGUGGUUUGUACCAAGUUCUUCCUAGAGUGAUACAGUAUGUUCUUAGUUAUACAAACCUUUUGUACCAUAUAACACGCCCAUUUUUGCUUUCCAUUAAAACCAAACAUUAGUACUAAUCAUAUCAGGGAAACCUAAGUGACUGUAUUCUACCUGAAAGUAUGCUAAAGUCCAUGGCCCACAUAGUUAUAGUGGUUAUGCUGUUUUUGUGGGACACGCAAUGAUGCAAGGAGAUCAUUAAACAGGUGGUAACUUGGGUUCAUUAAAGCAUGGUCCCUAUUGCAGCAUUAUGCUGUUAAACAUCUAUCAAAUAGACUGGUGAGUUUCCCUGAGAGUUCCAAGUGAAGUACCUGGUGCUGAUUUAAAGUACCUGGGGUUGUGCACGUGUGAACUGAAUUAACAAGCAAGUCUCUGAUGGCCAAUUCAAAAAAUGAAAUUAAUUGAUGUAUGCUGCACAUGUGGUUCGGUAAAUAGUUUGCUGGUUUCUUUGUCUCGAAGAGAGCCACCAACAGUUAUGACCUUGGUGUGCCUCCUCAGUUCGUGCUGCACGCCAGCAUUUCUUUUUACACUCUGGUCCUUUCUGUCUUUUCUAGUUAAUGUGUUUUUUCUAAUCCUGAUCAUUACUGGCUCUUCUCUUCCUCUCCCUUCAUUUUCCAUCUUGUAUACUCUUAAUGGGUAUCAGCUUGUGAAUCAGCUUAAUGAGUAUCAGAUAGUUGUCUAUCAUUAGUGACUAUCAGGAUUGAAUCUGAAGCUUGCUACUGAGUAGAGGAUUAUGCAAUUGUUUCAUACAGCAUCAAGAUUCUAGAUGCACCUUCUAAAUUUGUUCCUGCACUGUUUUAAGUGCAUGAUGGCUCAUUUGCAAUUAGUUCUGUACAUUUCAAAUAUAAAGGUUUUCUAUCCCGAAAACACACUUUUGUUGUUGUAUUUUACAUUGCAUCCAGUAACUAUGCUUCAGAUUGAAGUUAUGGUACCAUUUUUCUGUUGCUGUGAAACAAUUUCAUGUGAUGCGUCUCGAGUGCAUUUAAUGUUAUGCAGUUUACCUUUAAGUUGUGCUGCUCGUGUUUUCUGCACCCAAAGAAUCCACUGAGCUACCAUUGAAUUUCACAAACUUUUGUUUUACUUUAUUGUGAGGGGCUCCUUUGUUUCUACCAGAAUAUUACCCAAGGACUUAAACUCUCCACUCAAGCAUGUGUUCAGAUUUGGAACACUGUGUGCAGUCUAACUGCAGUGUUAGUGCAAAUUCUGAUUUAGUAGCAGACAAGAUUUUGAGAAGUGUUUUGCAGUUUCAAAAUAAAACACACAUGAUGCAGAUUAUGUUUUUCCCAUACUCUCAAUUAUUUAAGUAGGUUAGGUAUGUACAUUGUUAAUUUUAUCCACCGUACAUGGCUCUAGAAGAACUGUACUUGAUUUUUUUAAUGCAAACUACUUUGAAACAAUAAUUUUGGAAGGAUUAUCUCCCAAUCUUGUCUAGUUUCAAACUAGGCUGCAAGCCAAAUCACUGUAUCUCUGGGCUUCCCAAGAACAGGAGGGAAAAUUACAAAGCUGUUAUAUAACAGUGCAUUAUUGCACUGGGACCACCAGUGCUUGUUGCAAUGCAGUAAUUGUCUAAAUUUAUUCAAAAUUAAUUGCGCAUUAGAUUAAUAAUUUAAGUCUAGUGUACUGUGAAGCAGACAAGCAAAUUGAUUAGAGGAUUAUGGAAAGCUGUGAUCUAAGUAAUCUACAAUCUGUAACACUCACCUAUUACAUGCUGUUUUCUAAUGUGCAAAAACUCCAGAGAAUCUACUGCUAUUCUGCAAUUCACCUUCAUAUAUUUUGCAUAUUCUGCUUUCAUUUAGAACAAAAGUUGUCUGUCCAUCAGCAAGAUAUUGGCAUCUUGCAGCAUUUUAUCUCUUUAAUUACAGUUUUGGUAAAUGCCUGUUGCAUUAAAUGCAUAUUACAUUUUUAGAGGGAUUUGUUUAAUGUAUCUGAAACACAAUGUUAAACAUUUAUUUUAUGUUGAAUUAGAAUUAUCCUUGGAAUUAAAGAAGUUCCAGUUUGUACAUUUGUUAAGUAAUGAAGUAAUCUUGCACUUUUAGUUUGGUACACUAGGUUUGUCCUGAGGUAAAGAGAUGGCAGUAGUUCUCUUGGAGUGGAGGAAUACUCCACUUCAGCUAGCUUUCUAGUGUUGCUCUUUCCUAAGUAUUCAAGCAUCAUUGCAGAUACAGUUUCAUUCACAUAAGGCUAACUAAUGGUUGGGAGGCCCUGCCCCACCCCCACCCCACC